AUGGCCUCCCCCGCCUCGUCCGCGCUCCCGUCCCGCACAGCUACGGGCAUGAGCCUCGAGGAUGCCGUCCCCGAUUUUGACCCCACGACCACGGCCGGUCUGCUCGCCGAGCGCCUCCAGGCCUGGAAGCACGCCAUCACCUACCUCCAGGACUACAUGUCCGCCGUGGAAAAGAUUCACGGCAAGCACGCAAAGGAGUACGAAAAGGUGCUCAAGACCAUCUCCAACCCGCUGCGCGAGGGCCACCACUUUGACCAGUCCCUCGGCGGCGUCGCCGGCUUCUUCGAGAACCUGCGCGCCAACACGCAGGCCAUGAUCAACACCAACCUCGAGACGGAGAAGAGCAUCAAGGGCUCCGUGCUGCCCAUCCUCGAGCGCCUGCACAAGGAGAUCAAGCACAAGGCCAAGGAGCUCGACUCGGGCGCCUACUCGGGCGCCAAGGAGGUCGAGAAGCUGCGCAACACGACCCAGAAGCACAUUGAGCUGCUCGGCCAGCAGACGGCGGCGUACGACUCGGCCGGCGGCAAGCUCCACGGCACCGACGACCCCUACGUCGUCUACCGCGGCGUCCUCCACCGCCUCUCCAACCAGGUGCUCGCCGAAAACAACCACACCAACGACCUCAUCUCGGUCCAGAACAACUUUGAGACGUUUGAGGCGCACAUCAUCGAGGUCCUGCAAGAGGCCGUCGGCGCCCUCGUCCAGCUCACCGGCGGCCAGGCGGAUAAGAUGCGCGCGCUGCACAACGACGUCCUCGGCACCAUCCAGUGCGUGCCCAAGGGCUUCGAGUGGGCCAACUUUGCCACGCGCAGCGCCGACCGCCUCGCCAACCCCAACGACCCCGCGCGCUCCGUCGACGCCAUCAACUUCCCCAACAUGGACCACCCCGCCACCAAGCCGCUGAUUGAGGGCUCCCUCGAGCGCAAGUCGCGCAACAAGCUCUCGUUUGGCUACUCGACCGCCUACUACGUCGUCACCCCGUCCAAGUUCCUCAUCGAGUUCAAAGACUCGGACGACGCCCGCCAGGACCCCAAGCCGGAGCUGUCGCUCUACCUGCCCGACGCCGUCAUUGGCGCGCCCAACGGCGAAAAGUUCAACAUCAAGGGCAAGGACAGGAGCAAGACGCUGUCGAGCAAGCUCACCGGCAGCUCCGAGUUUGCCUUCAAGGCCCACACCCCCGCCGACGCCCAGAAAUGGUUCCAGGUCGUCCGCGGCGUCUGCGGUGCCACCGGUCCUGCCGAGCCGACCUCGCCCGUGUCGCCGGGCUCGCCCGCCUCUCUCAACGCCGCCGUCGCCGCCUCCCCCGCCUCCCCCACCAACCCCAAGGAAGACGCCCUCACCCUCAACCCGCCCUCCGAGGUCCUGCCCAAGACCGCCCUGCAUACGGAGCAGGAGAGCGGUGUCACGCGCAGCGUCUCGGGCGCGGCGGCCGCACCCCCACCGGCGGCAGUCGCCCACGACGAGAAGAAGAAGCUGGCAGAGCCCACCUCUUUGUAG